AUGUCCGGUUAUGUAGACGCGUGUGCUCUGUCGACGCUCGUAACGUCCUUCCUACCACCGCCUCACGCCCUCAACCCGCGCCAUUGCCGCGAUACAUGCCUAUCCAACGCGUGCUGUAGUGCUGUAGUUCUUGUCGCUUGCUCCAAAAACACGACUUCCGGCGCAACUUCGCUCGUUCUCGUCGUGACUCGGUAUUCUGAACAAAUUGUCAUGCCGAAGUUGUUGAACUGA